AUGGGAGUAGGAUAUUCACAAAGAAAUUUCUCUAUUUAUCCUAAUAUAUCACAAGAGGUUGAAGCAUCAUUAAAUCAAAUACUUCACGCAUUUGAUCACGAUAUAUCUUUUCAAUCAGAACAUAAUACUGAUCAUUUAUCAACAGAAAAAGAAUCAUCAAAUACACAAACAAAACGUUCAAAUCUACAACAUCAUCGAUCACGAUCAUUAGACCAUUCAAAUUUAGCAGAACAACAUCGUUUUGUACGAAAAAAACCGUCUGUUAUUAAACGUCAAUGGCAAUGUCAAUUUUGUUUAACACGAAAUGAAACUGAUGCUCAAUUAUGUACAGAAUGUGGUUCAAAUAAAAUUAAUGUUUAUAUUCCUGUUAUGGAUCAUUUAGAUAGAAAUACAAAUAAAAAUCAUCAUCAUCAACAUAAAUCAUUGUUUACUCCUUCAUCUAGUUCAGCAAGUAGUUCUUCAACUACUCGUCGUCAAAGUCGAAAUGUUUCGAAUAAAAAUGAAAAUUUCGCAUUAUUAGAAGAAGAAAAUAUUCAUCGACGUAGUGUUCUUGUCGCUCAUAAACGUGAAGUUGAUGAACAUAUUGUUUUAAGACAUGUUGAUAAAAUUCUUCGAACAUGUGUAAGAUCACAUAGUAAAUUUAAAGAUGAAAAUUUUCCCGCAUCACCUCACUCACUUUAUAUUAAUGGUAGUACUCUUUCAAAAUCAACACUAACACUUUUACCUGGUCAACAACAAACAAAUUUAAAUACAACUUCUAUUAAUAAUAUUCAAUGGUUAAGACCUGAUCAAAUUAUUCCAGAAGAAUGGGAAGAAAAUGUUCGAACACAGUGGGCAGUUUAUCGUGAUCCAAAACCAAAUGAUGUUCUACAAGGAACUUUAGGUGAUUGUUGGUUUAUAACUGCAUUAAGUGUUCUUGCUGAAGAACCGGAAUAUUUAACAAGAGUACUUAUUACUAAACAAUAUAAUUAUGAAGGAAUUUAUUGUGUACGUUUGUGUAAAGAUGGUGAAUGGACUCAAGUUCUUGUUGAUGAUCGUCUACCAUGUACAUCAGAUAGAAGAUUAGCUUAUUCUCAAGCACAGCGAAAACAACUUUGGGUUCCAUUAAUCGAAAAAGCUUUGGCAAAAUUAAAUGGUAGUUAUGAAGCUAUUAUUGCUGGUCGUUGUUGUGAAGGUUUAGCAACAGUAACUGGAAGUCCAUGUGAAACAUUAAUUCUUGGUCGUUCAAAUAAUCCAGAUGAUAAAAAUGUUGAUUAUGAUAGAUUAUGGGCAAAAUUAUUACAUUCACGUUUACAAAAAUUUUUAAUGUGUGCUAUGUGUAGUAAUAAUCUUAUAAGUAGAGAAGAAUUUGACAAAUAUGGUUUACUCAAUAUUCAUGCAUACUCAUUACAAGAUGUUAAACAAUCCAAAGAUGGAAGACAUAAAUUAGUUAAAUUACGAAAUCCAUGGGGUGGAACAUAUAGAUGGACUGGUGAUUGGUCAGAUAAUUCUCGUUUAUGGCAUGACAAUCCUGAUUUACGUCGUGAAUUACUUGAUGAAAAACGUAAUAAACGAGAUGGUGUUUUCUGGAUGCCAUUUGUAUCAUUUGUUAGAUAUUUUGAAUGCGUUGAUAUUUGUAAAUUAAGACACAAUUGGUAUGAAGUAAGAGAUACAGCUAAUUUUUAUCCAGCUCCAAAAAUGAUGCAAGCUUAUUAUUUAACUUUAUCACAUUCAACAGAACUUGAUAUAGCACUUCAUAGAAAAAUUAGUAAAAAUCUUCGUAUUCAUCGAAGUGAUGUUAGUCUUUGUAUUGCAAUUAUAAAUAUGGAAGAACAACCACAUGGAAAUUAUCGUAUUUAUUCAAUACCUAUUAUUAGUCAACGUGGUCAACAUAAAUUUAUUUCAACUGAUGGUUAUCUUUCACCAGGAACAUAUGUUAUUUUACCAUUAUUAUCUAAUCCAAUUAAUAAAUAUUUAGAUAAUACAGAAUUUACUAUUGCUAUUCAUAGUUCUCAUGCAAUAGAUCUUGAACGUAUAAGAAUUCCACUUCGAAUAGAACGUGAAUUUUUAAUAAAACUUUGUAUAUUCUAUGGUGAUCAAGUACGUACUGCGAAUAGUUCAGAUAGAGAUACAAAUCAUUCAGAUGGUGUAACAAUAUAUGAAUUAAAAAAAUAUUGGAAUGGUCUUAUGGUACUUGUUGAAAAUCGUCAUCCAACAAAAUAUGUUCAUUUUCAUUUUAAUUGUACUGUAUCACAAAAUGCAUUUAUAUCAAGAAAAGAUUCUCAAAAUGAAUUAUUUGAUAUUAUACCACCUAAUUAUCGUCAAAUAAUUGUAAGUAUAACAAGGCAAAGUCCUUCACAUUCAUUUACAAUUGGACAUGAUUUUCAAUAUAAUUUAUCAUCACAUGAUUAUAUUAAACAUGGUGAAGGUUUUAAAUUAAAACAUUGGCCUAAAAUUGAUGAAGAUCAAUUAAAUGAUGAUUUACAUACACCACAAAGUAUUUCAUCUGCUAAACAAUAUUGA